GGUCUUUCAACUCACAUCAAUUAGCUUAAGUUUCCAUUAGCAACUGCUAAUAGCUAUGGCAACUACCAUUUUCUCUCGUUUUUCUAUAUACUUUUGUGCUAUGCUAUUAUGCCAGGGUUCUAUGGCCCAACUAUUUAAUCCAAGCACAAACCCAUGGCAUAGUCCUCGGCAAGGAAGUUUUAGGGAGUGUAGGUUUGAUAGACUACAAGCAUUUGAGCCACUUCGAAAAGUAAGGUCAGAAGCUGGGGUGACUGAGUACUUCGAUGAGAAGAAUGAAUUAUUCCAAUGCACAGGUACUUUUGUCAUCCGACGUGUCAUUCAACCUCAAGGCCUUUUGGUACCUCGAUAUAGCAAUACUCCUGGCCUGGUCUACAUCAUUCAAGGGAGGGGUUCUAUGGGUUUAACCUUCCCCGGUUGCCCAGCGACUUAUCAGCAACAAUUCCAACAAUUUUCGUCUCAAGGCCAAAGUCAAAGCCAAAAGUUUAGGGAUGAGCAUCAAAAGAUCCAUCAAUUUAGACAAGGAGAUGUUGUUGCACUCCCAGCUGGUGUUGCACAUUGGUUCUACAAUGAUGGUGAUGCAUCGGUUGUUGCCAUAUAUGUUUAUGACAUAAACAACAGUGCAAAUCAACUUGAACCAAGGCAAAAGGAGUUCCUAUUAGCUGGUAACAACAAUAGGGUUCAACAAGUAUAUGGCAGCUCAAUUGAGCAACACUCUAGCCAAAACAUAUUCAACGGAUUCGGUACUGAGCUACUAAGUGAGGCUUUAGGCAUCAACACAGUAGCAGCAAAGAGGCUGCAGAGCCAAAAUGAUCAGAGAGGAGAGAUCGUACAUGUGAAAAAUGGCCUUCAAUUGUUGAAACCGACUUUGACACAACAACAAGAACAAGCACAAGCUCAAUACCAAGAAGUUCAAUAUAGUGAACAACAACAAACAUCUUCCCGAUGGAACGGAUUGGAGGAGAACUUCUGCACAAUCAAGGCAAGAGUAAACAUUGAAAAUCCUAGUCGUGCUGAUUCAUACAACCCACGUGCUGGAAGGAUUUCAAGUGUCAACAGCCAGAAGUUCCCCAUCCUUAACCUCAUCCAAAUGAGUGCUACCAGAGUAAACCUAUACCAGAAUGCUAUUCUCUCACCAUUCUGGAAUGUCAAUGCUCAUAGUUUGGUCUAUAUGAUUCAAGGGCAAUCUCGAGUUCAAGUCGUUAGUAACUUUGGAAAGACUGUGUUCGAUGGUGUCCUUCGCCCUGGACAACUAUUGAUCAUUCCACAACAUUAUGCUGUCUUGAAGAAAGCAGAGCGUGAAGGAUGCCAAUAUAUUGCAAUCAAGACAAACGCUAACGCCUUCGUCAGCCACCUUGCAGGAAAAAACUCAGUAUUCCGCGCCUUACCAGUUGAUGUGGUCGCUAAUGCUUACCGCAUCUCACGGGAGCAAGCCCGAAGCAUCAAGAACAAUAGGGGAGAAGAGCACGGUGCCUUCACUCCUAGAUUUCAACAACAAUACUACCCAGGAUUCUCGAAUGAGUCCGAAAGUGAGACUUCAGAGUAAUGUAACUGAGAACUAGUUCUGGCAUAUAGCAAAAUAAAACACCACAAGUAUGAAUCUUGGUGGUGAUUCUAUUCUAUAUCAACAUUAAAUAAAGGUGACAUAUUUCUUACUUUACCUA